AUGGUGGCUUUGAGAUUCUUUUUCGUUUCCGUACUGUUCUUCUUCUUCGUCUUCUCUACAGUUUCUCAAUUACCAGACCAAACCGCGGAGAAGAAAUCUGUUCGAAUUCUCUCGAAGACACUCAUAGGCGAUGACGGCAGAGUCUACGCUUGCUCCGACAACGAUUUCUUCUCCUUCGAGUCUAACGGUUCAAUUGCUUGGUCGGUCCACAUGAAUUUCAAAUGUAACACCGAUUUCUCCCCGGUUUAUUCUGGUUUAGACCAGAUGCUUGUUCUUGCAGAGAAUCGAAUCCUGAGGGUUAACUUCCCAAGAAACGGAACCGAAUCUGAACCGGAAUUGUUCUUCGAUCCAGGCGAAACCAUCCUCGGUUUCGCGGUUAGCAUAUCGAGUUCGUCGGUUUACAUCACGGUUAAGAAUCACGGUCUCUACGCUUAUAACAUGCUUCGGCAGCAACUCUGGAUUGCAGAGCCUAAAACUGAAAGCUUUGGAUACCGAUUAGGAUGUCGAAGAGAUUACGAAAACUGUAAAUUCGAUUCUCGACCUGUGAUUGAUUCUUGCGAAGCAAGCAUCUAUAUCUCAAACAAUGAAGGAGAACUCUACUCUUUAUCUCUCCGUGGUAUUUACUACCAAUGGAUUCAAGAUUUUAGUCUAGUGGAUCGAUUCUUCACCGUUACACCAGGGAAUAACGGUCUCGUCUACGUUGUUUUCCCAACGAAAUCGCUCAUUUUCGCAUUAGAUUCGUUUUCCGGCGACAUUUUGUGGCAGAAAACCGUUGGUCCAUUAGCAGAAGCUUGUUGCUCAGAGCCUGUCAUAGACACAAACAGGUGGGUAUCGAUUGGUUCACUAGAUGGGACCUUGUACACGUUUUCAAGAACAGGGGAGCUUUAUAAGAUACCGAAAGACACAGAAACGGAUUCUGUGAUCCAAGUAGAGCCAUUGCUCGAUUGCUCGGGCAGUGCGGUCUAUUUUUCUCAGACAAAACUAGAAGGAAAGAUCAAUCGUGUCAUUGGAGAUAAUAAUUUUGUGUCGGCCAAGAAACCAGAAACCGCUGUUUUUUCACUUGUAGCUCCAGACACGAGAUCUAUAUACUGGUCUCAGAGCUAUUCUGAUCAAAUUGCGAAUUUGCAAUUAGACGAAGAUCUACAACAUUUUGUGUUGGACGAGAGGAUUGUUCUUGCGUUCCUUGCAGCCGCUAAUUCUGGAAAUCCAUUUCGAUGUCGCUCCAAACACGACAAGCUAUCAUUUAGCUGUUCGUUUGCGGAACCAGAGCAUCUUGAUAUCUACAUUGGCAACGAAAGGGCGAUUAUUUGGUUUUUACUGUUCGAGUUUGUGAUCAUGGUCCUCUUUGCGGCUCUUGUGAGGUUCUGCUUUAUCUUCUGGAAGAAAAAUAAGCUUCAAGGUCGCCCUUUCAGUGCUUUCUUGGACAAGCGACGUUUGCUGCACAAGAAGAGAAGAGAAAUCGAUAGAACGAUUAUGAGACUUGAAAAUGAAUCAACGGCCGAUGAAUUCGCGGUUGAUAAAAUCGGUGAUUUGGUUCAAGAAAGGGAACACGUGAAGAGAAAACUCUCUUCGACCUACAGUCUUGGAAGGGACAUAGAUGUAUCAAAGUCAAAAGAUUCUGUUCUUCCCUUGUACGGAGGAGGUUCUAGAAGCUUCUCUUUGCGGAAUAGGGAGAACGCAAGUAUCACCGUUUUUCAAACACCAAGCAAUGAGUCUUCCUCAGAAGAUCGGGACCAACAAUAUGAUGAUGGUGAUGAAGAUGAUGAUGUUACUGAUGAUGAACAUGAUGAAGAUGACUUGAAUCGUAAACGGAAGGGGAAGUUCCUUGCUCGUGCAGAAGGUUCUUCUGACGAUGAUGAUGAAUCAUGCGGUAUUGCAAGCAGUAGAAGAAGCAUAUAUUUGAAGAAGAGGUUAUUAUCUUUGACUAAUUAA